GACUACUGAGCUGUAAAUUGAAAGGAAGAUAAUUUCUGCUUGUGGAGGAAAAGAAAGGUGAAUAACCUCAAUGGAAGACUCUCAGGAUCUAAGUGAACAGUCAGUGAAGAAGCCGUGUCCAGAGUCCGAUGGUUCAGAGCCGCAGAAUCCCAGGUCUAUGGAAAUGCAGGAUCUAGCCAGUCCUCAUAAUCUUGUUGGAAGUAGUGAUGCACCAGGUAGUUCCAAACUGGAUAAAUCUAAUCUCAGUAGCACAUCAGUCACUACAAAUGGAACAGGAGUGUCUCUUCUUGCAGUCAAAACAGAACCCAUGAACAACAGUGAAACAGCAACAACAACUGGAGAUGCAUCGCUUGACACUUUUACUGGGUCAGUAAUAACAAGUAGUGGCUACAGUCCCAGAUCAGCGCACCAGUACUCUCCACAGAUAUAUCCCUCCAAGCCCUAUCCGCACAUUCUUUCUACACCAGCAGCUCAAACAAUGUCUGCCUAUGCCGGACAAACGCAGUAUUCGGGAAUGCAGCAGCCCGCGGUCUACACGGCUUACUCACAGACAGGACAGCCCUACAGCUUACCCACCUACGAUUUGGGUGUAAUGUUGCCAGGCAUCAAGACGGAAAGUGGGCUCUCGCAGACCCAAUCUCCUCUGCAGAGCGGCUGCCUCAGUUACAGCCCAGGGUUUUCCACCCCGCAGCCAGGCCAAACACCCUACUCCUACCAGAUGCCAGGUUCUAGUUUCACACCAUCGUCCACUAUUUAUUCAAACAAUUCUGUUUCAAAUUCUACAAACUUCAGUAGUUCACAACAGGAUUAUUCUUCAUACACAGCUUUUGGCCAAAAUCAGUAUGCACAGUAUUACUCAGCAUCAACUUAUGGUGCAUAUAUGACCUCAAACAACACGGCUGAUGGCACUUCAUCAUCAUCAACCUACCAAUUACAGGACUCUCUCCCUGGCUUGACAAGUCAACCAGGUACAGAUCUACAUUCAGGGGAGUUUGACACAGUGCAGAGCCCCUCCACGCCAAUCAAAGAUCUUGAUGAGAGGACAUGUAGGAGUUCUGGGUCAAAGUCUCGGGGUAGAGGGCGGAAGAAUAAUCCAUCACCCCCUCCGGACAGUGACUUGGAGCGUGUAUUUGUUUGGGAUUUGGAUGAAACAAUCAUAGUUUUUCAUUCGCUGCUUACAGGAUCCUAUGCACAGAAGUAUGGCAAGGAUCCGCCCAUGGCAGUGACCCUUGGACUACGAAUGGAAGAAAUGAUUUUUAAUCUUGCUGACACACAUUUAUUUUUUAAUGAUUUAGAGGAAUGUGAUCAAGUUCAUAUAGAUGAUGUUUCUUCAGAUGAUAAUGGACAAGACCUAAGUACCUACAGUUUUGCAACUGAUGGCUUCCAUGCAGCUGCAAGUAGUGCAAACCUUUGUCUGCCAACAGGUGUAAGAGGAGGGGUUGACUGGAUGAGGAAGCUGGCUUUCCGUUACAGAAGAGUAAAAGAGUUGUAUAAUACUUACAAGAACAACAUAGGAGGACUCCUGGGUCCCGCUAAAAGAGAUGCAUGGUUGCAAUUAAGAGCAGAGAUUGAAGCUCUGACAGACUCCUGGCUAACAAAUGCACUUAAAUCAUUAUCAAUUAUCAGCACAAGGAGUAAUUGUGUAAACGUGUUGGUAACAACAACCCAGCUUAUCCCAGCACUUGCAAAAGUUCUACUGUACAGCUUAGGUGGAGCUUUUCCUAUUGAAAAUAUAUACAGUGCAACCAAAAUAGGAAAAGAAAGUUGCUUUGAACGAAUAAUGCAAAGGUUUGGCAGAAAAGUAGUAUAUGUUGUAAUUGGGGAUGGUGUAGAAGAAGAGCAGGCAGCAAAAAAGAUAGAUGAAGAUCCAUAG